AAGACCAUUCUUUGUGUACCUUUUCACAGAAUAGUAAAACAGAUUGUGGUUUUUGUAAGGAGUGAGUGGUGUAUAUCUGUCAAUCUAAUGACUUUAAAAGCGUAAAUGUGUGAAAUUAAGGAUUAUUCUGUCGAACUAAAGGAUAUUUAUAACAGUAAAUAUUCGUGGUUCUCAGACAUGGAUUUAUACAUCACGGAUUCACUCCAGGACAUGCUGGACAUGGAUAUAAAAAAUGAAAUCGCAACAGAUCUUAGCAGUAUGACGGACUUUGCAGAUACCUUAGGAUCACACUUUUCCGAGUUACCACCUUUAUUAGACAUGGACACCGAUAACUCUGCAACUUGGCUGAAUAAUAGUUCUAGUUUUGUUCAUAAUUUGGAUUUAUAUGGUUCUGAAGCAAAUGCAGUAAUGGUAAAUCCUAAUUCUGUUAUGCCAUCAACAUUUGUGGAAACUCCAGUUAAAAAUAUAGUGAAAGAGGAAGCUUCAAAUUUAUUGCUGACAUCGGCCGCAAAUGACGACUUAAGUAAUAAUAGCAUAUCACUUCCGAGUCCCAAAGAAGAAAAAAGUCACCUGACGUUUUCUCCCAAUGCGAUAAAAGUCUCAAAAGUACAAGAACCAGAGAAACCAAAAGUCAAGGAGAAUUCUGAAUUAGAAGAAGCUACACAAAUGGUCAUUUAUGUAAGAAAACAAGAAAAAAAUGUCGUAAAGGAUUUGAUCAAAGAUUUGGACAAAUCAAAAGUAUCAAGUAUAACGACACCUACAACAGUCCGAAUAAAAAGCCAGUCAGAAAUAAUUAAAGUUAACAAUAAAAGUUGUUCAAUUUUAAAUACGAACCAAAAAGUCGCACAUUCUUUAGGAACUAAAACAAUUAUAUCUGGCAAUAUACACAUCUUGGAUCCACAACAAAUAAAUACUAGAACAAUUUUAGGUAAUGGUAACAAAAAUCAAGCAACAAUAUUAAUUGACAACUCGUUAAAUAACAAUAGACAAAUAAUUAAAACUUCUGUAAAUGGUGGUUUCACGUUAGACACUAGCCAUACGAAGUACGUUAAUGCUUCUAACAAAACUAGUACUAGCGAAUUCCCUAAACCGGCGUACUCAUAUUCAUGUUUAAUAGCAAUGGCGCUAAAAAAUUCAAGAACAGGUAGUCUACCUGUUUCAGAAAUUUAUAAUUUCAUGUGUCAACAUUUCCCUUAUUUUAAGACGGCACCAAAUGGGUGGAAAAAUUCAGUUAGACAUAAUCUUAGUUUGAACAAAUGUUUUGAGAAGAUCGAGAAGCCCUCUACAAAUGGAAGUCAAAGAAAAGGUUGUCUGUGGGCCAUGAAUCCCUCAAAAGUAGGAAAAAUGGACGAAGAAGUACAAAAAUGGUCACGGAAGGAUCCGCAAGCAAUUAAAAAGGCGAUGGUUUAUCCAGAAAACUUAGAGGCUCUAGAAAGGGGUGAAAUGAAGUACAGUGGGGUAAGCGCGGACAAUGACGCUGAUGAUGAUGCAGAUGUUGAUCCUGACACAGAAUUGGAUGCGGACGUAGAAAUAGAUCCUGAAGUUAAAGAAGAAGUAGAGGAGGAGGAGGCUAUAAUAGAACAAGAGGUGUCUGACCAGGAGUUAGAAGUUGAAGAAGUAGUAGAAGGCACGGGCAUGGUCGGUGGUACGUACCGGUUACUAGCAACGGGACCUUCAUCACUUACCUCAUAUAUUACUGACGUGGAAUCUGGCGAAGAAGUUAGCGACAUUGAAAUCCUAGAUCAAUCAUAUGAAGAAAUCGACAUUGAUGUCACAAAACCUGUAAAACUGGACUUAUCUAUGACGGAAAAUUAUACGAUACAUCCAACAAAGCGAGCCAAAACAAGUUUCAUCUAUCAACCUGUAACAACUCAGACGCACACUAGUAGAAGAAAAACGCCACUCGUUAAUCGAGUUGCAUUAAUGUAAGCGAAAUUCCUAAACAACUUAAAAGACUUGUAUUCAUAGAAAAUUGUGAUCAUAACGUUAUGGGGUCAACGAUAGUACAUAGCGUAGUCUCUCCAGUGAUUGUUCCAUUAUUAGAUAAAUCUUAGAUUACGUUAAAUAAUUCGAAUUAUUAACUAGCCGUGAAUGUGUCUCAGAGUUCUGAAUGUAUGGCAAUUGUAUCAAAUUCGAUCGUGAUAGUCGGUACCAGAUAAGUGUAUUUACAUGUUUUUACAAAAACUAAACACUUGUUACAUAUCUUACACUGUAAAAUAAUAUUAUUUGUUAAGUGACAACCAGAGAAGAUGUGCUUCGAUGUUGAUGUGCAUGUGAUUAUAUUAUUAUUAUACAUGUCAUGUCACUAUCGAAGAGCGCGGAUUUGUGUAUUUUGAUUUAAUUUGAAGGAGUGACAAGGAAUAUUGCCCAAUAGCGUUCAGAAAUUGGUGUUGGAAUAAAUGUUACGCAUGUUACUUAAGGCUGAAGUACUAAGUUUUCAUAGGAAUGAACUGACCACUUAUUUUUUUUAUUUUCCAUCCAUUAAAUGUAUAUUGUUUAUUUCUUUUUUUUCACUGUCAGUUCGUUUGUAUGGACCUAAGUACUUACAGAAAACUGCUUGAAAUAAGAAAGAACACAUAAAAUGAUGUCUCAAUCUAGCAGCAAACGCUAUAGCGGGUAUGUAAAGUUCCCACCGCUGAUGUAUGUAAAUAUUGUCUUUAUUUAUGUAUUUUAUUUACAUAUGAUUUGUUGUUAGUGGCAGCUUUGGUUUUCUCAGAAAUGUUCAAUACCAUUUACAUGAAGCUGCCGCAUGUUUGUUGAGUUAAGCUACUCUUAGACAUAAUUGCGAGAUAUUUUUAAACUAUUUUGGGUAUGUAAUCACAACAUAGCACAGACUGACUCCAAAUAGGUUUUGUUGAUGUCAUGCAAGGCCAAAUGGUAGAAAUGUAAAGAUUAAAAAUCUUUUGCUGUUAUGUCUAUACAUAUAAUUUGAUUAAUUUGUUAGCUUCAACAACAUUAUGCUCUACAACUUUAUUUUUUUACUUUACAUUGUACCUGUUAUAAUUAACCCUGUAAACUACAUACAUUAACUUUAAUUUUGUACUGUAGAAAGUCACUUUCAUUUUUAUUGUGUUGCUAUUUUACCCGUAAGAUGUGCAAUUUCAGUGGAUAAUACAGGUGUUUAUGUAGGUGAAAUAAUCACCAACACAAAUGUUAUGAAAAAUUGUAGCAGAAAAAUUAUGUGACUAUAAAAUUUGAUAAUGCAUUUGUUGUGUUGUCCUUACAGCAGUUUAGCCGAUUAUUCGAAUCAAAUAAAUUGCUUGUAACGAAACAUUACAAAUACAUUGUUUAGUAUUCAUUAAAUAGAGAAAUGAGAUAAAGUUGAGUUGGAUUAGACUUGGUCUUUGUAGUAUUGGUUGUGUUAGUGGAUCUCUCGAAUGUAGUAAAUGAAUUGUGAGUUUAGAAUAAGUAUGCAUUAGUUAUAAGUUUGGAACAUUUCAUUUGAGCACGAAUCAGAAAUCUACAUUCAAUGAAUUCCAAAUAUGAAUUAGAUAGAUAUUCAUUGUUAUAUUUUUGCCUAUCGUUAAUAUAAUAAUGUAUCUUAAUCCUUAUAUAUUUCGUCUUUUAGCCAUACUGAAUUAGAGAACAAAAUGUGGUGGCUCAUUUGACCAAAACAUUAUGGCAAGACAGGUCUUGCCAUGGCCAAAUGGAAGCAGAUAUUUUACAAACAACGUAAUUAUGAGUUAUACUCGACAGUUAAGCAUAUUUAUUAUAUUAUAAACAUUGACGAGUACCUAAUGUUUAAAACUAUAUUCCAUUAUAGCCCAAUUUAUAUAUACCUUUUUAGAUUAGAUGAUACUGUGAUAUGAAGCAAUAUAAAAAUCGCUGCAAUAGAAAUUAAUCUUAUUUAUCACAAUUUUAUAAUAUUUAAUGUUGUUGCAAUGUAUGUUUGUAUACUUAUCUGCUUUAGAAUUGCAUUUAAAUAUACAAGACGAUAGGCAAAUAUACUCCAAGCCGCAAAGGCAAAACAAAGUUGAUCUAAAUUGUAAAAAAUUAAAACGAGUGUACAAUGUAUUCCAUGCUCCUCAAUUUUCCACUCGGAAAGAUUAAUACAAUCUGCCUAUUGCUUGAAGUUACAUAAGGGUUGCUAUGUUUGGUGAACUAUUAUUAACUGGAACUUUUUUAUACAUAUUUAUUAGAAAGCCGGAGUGUAAAUUUUAAAGCUACUAUUGGCUUAGGAAAUCCAGCGCUAUAGACAAAUGUACAAAAUACUGCCUUAUAGUAUAGUGGAUGUCAUAGAUAAAGUCCCGCGAGAUGUUUGCGUAUAGAAAAUGAAUUUGUUAACGGUGCAGCAUCUUGAACACUAUAAACUGACUGUACCAAAGACGUGCUCACAGCAUGCAUUAAGAUUAUAGUCAUAAGUGUAAUUCGAUUCUCCUACACAAUAAUUCACCAAUAAUAGCAAUCCUGAAUUGUGUUUUAAUACACCUAUUUUGAACUUUAUACAUAGUAUAAGUAGAUAAGUAAUACAUAAUGCUUAAACAAAUAAAUAAAAAACUGAAACACCAUUAAAGAAUUCUCAAACAAUGUUUUAUAUUAAUAGGUGCUCUGGUAUACUUAGACACAACAGUGCAAUUGUGUAAAUAAUUCUAUUGUAAUGUAGUUGAUUUUGAUAAUUCCUAUGAUUCGAAAGUGUUAUGAUGCGUGUGAAUUUAAUUAAUCUAAAUUUAAUCGUGUUUAUAAAAUGUAUUUGUAGAUGCCAUUUUCCAAAGUAAUGUAAUAUGUACGAGAUACCUUAGUUCAUAAUAAAUAUAUUGACAGUCAAUAUAACACACGCUUUAGAAAUUUCUGAGUCGGUAAUCCGUAUAGUAAAUAGAAUUGACUAAAAAUACCCCUAUUGUGUUUGCAGAAAAUGUCACUACCUGUAUGUUAAGUGUAUGUAAUUGUGUACAAUACAAACUAGGUAAUUGUAUUUUUCCACUGCCAGUAUUGCAACAUCCAAGUAAUAAGCAUUUAGAAUAAGUGUAGCCAUUAGCUUAGUUAUUAGUGUAUACACUUAAGAAAACCUAGUGGAAGUGAACGAUUUUUAAUAACAUUUUUGUAAUAAAAUUCAAUGAGUACCUAAAUAAA